CCUGUCUCUCUGAAGACAUGAAACGGCACCGUUGAAUAAUUAUGGCUAAAACUUAUAGUUAGUUUCAGUUGUGAAAACUGCAAAAAGGGUGUCAAAGCCAAGUCAUUACUGCAACAUCAAGUGAUGGCUGCUGCUGCUGCUGCUGCUGCUGCUAUGGAUGCCCAAUGGGAUUUCAGCUGUGACUUCGAAGUAGAUUUUGGGUCUGAGGAGAAUGCUUCUAUAGUAUAUGCAGCAUUAGCUGUUGAUAAGGAGUUGCAGCCUGAUAAAGUGAAAAGGCUGAUGUCGGUCUCUAAUGGGAAGUUGUCAGUGCACUUUGAGGCAGUUGAGGCGAGAUUUCUCCGAGCAUCAUUUUCUGCUUUUGUGGAUGUCCUUACGCUCACAACAAAAACAAUUGAAGAAUUUGGAAAAGGAAUGGCAUCAUGACAUGUAUUAGUAGUCACGAAGUUUUGUAGAAUGUUUUGUAAUCUUAGUCCAUUACAGAAUUUUUUUUUUUUUUUUUUUGACAAGCUUUGGUUUGAGGUGUUAUUUGAUCAUGACGGAUUAUUAUGCUAUUGUCUCAAUAUGCACAAGGCAUUGUGUUAAAGAAGAAUUUAAAGAUACUAAAGCAA